UGUAAUAAAAAUAUUUACUUUAAGAUAUAAAUCAGACAAGAUUUUUUUUACCAAAUACCUUUAAUCGAUAUUUGAUCUAAUGAGAAGUUCGUGAACUAUCAGAAACAAUAUUGAUCUGUAAUCAUCGCUAAUUAUCAUAACAAUAGAUACUAAUAAUAAUUUGAUGGCGAGUUAAUUAUGCCGCUGUGAUGUUUUUAACACCGGUCGGGGCGAUGACGGCGGCGACUUUACUAGCUCAAUGUUAUCAAAACCAAUCAAACAAUCUCGUCACAGUUUGCUAAUUCAAUGAGCUGUUUUCAAAAUUUCUUUAGGCAAAAUUUUUCAAAUGGUAUAUAAAGAAAAAAUAUGGAAUUUUUCAUCAUUCAACUUCUGAUCUUAUAUAUUUACAUUCACAAACAGAAAGAAAUAAUAUCAACAAUGCCUCCGCUACCUUCAGAUUUUACUGACGUAACUUUGGCAAGAAACACAAGAACGAGGUUAGAUUUUGGAAUAACUGGAAAUGAUGUGAAAGGACCUGUUAAACGCCAAGCGGAAAGUCUCGAUUUAACUCCUACAAUGAAGAGAAAACGAUUUCAAUGCUUCACAUCAACACCCAAACCAGAAGUGACAACUUUUAGCCCAAUAUCCAGCAUCAUACAAGCUGUUGAUAAGCUGUCUACAGAAUCUGACCUUAUUGCAGACGGAUCACGUGUCAAUAUUCUACCCACAAUUCCAGGAAAGCAUAGCGAUCUUAGCGCCAUCUCACCGGAAACGAUGUCUGACGUCCUGGACGGCGUCUACGACAGCAGUGUUGACAAAGUAACGGUUAUAGAUUGUAGAUAUCCGUAUGAAUUCGGAGGCGGUCAUAUUAAGGGAGCUGUCAAUUUAUUUACUAAAGAAUCGAUAAAACAAUUCAUCCAAGAAACAGUGACGUCACCAACAAACAAUCAUGUUCUCAUUUUCCACUGCGAAUUUUCUUCUGAAAGAGGACCAAAAAUGUAUCGCCACUUAAGGGCUCUAGAUCGAGAUUUGAACAAAGACAACUACCCUCGACUCAACUUUCCCGAGAUUUAUCUCUUAGAAGGAGGUUAUAAAGCUUUCUUCAACACAAACAAGGAACAAUGUUUCCCACAGACUUACAAACCAAUGUUGCACAAGGAACACAGAGACGACUUGCGUCACUUCCGGGUAAAAUCAAAGUCAUGGUCAGCAGGCGACAGACCACGCAAAACGUCAGAUAUUGGCAAGGGACUUCGGCUAAGAUUUUGAUUUGAUAUAGGAUGACUGUGUUCCAUUUAAUAUCAACAAACUGUGCUUGAAUGUCAAAAUCUGAUACUUUCGUUUGAAAUGAAGAAAUUUUUAUGUUAUUUCGAACAAACAUCAGACUGUGAUUUGAAUAACAACUGUGAUAGACAUAUUUCUUUCUUUUUUACACUACAUCUUGCUUUUUCUGUCUGUCUUUUUUGGAGUUGUCGAGGUAUUCAU